CGUUAGCUAGCUAGCUAAUUUAGCUAUUACCAACACAAACCGUGCAAGCCAACUUGCCCGCUAGUUUGGUUACUUACUUGCUAGCUAGCAGUGGAAUUAAACUAUCAUGCAGUAUGAUAGUUAGCAGAAAACAUCAGUUUAUUUGCAAGCCUGCUCGCUAGCUGGUGUAGCUAGCUAACCAGAUCAGAUGUUGUUGGCUAGUUAAGGUCUCCAGCUAAACUAACGUUAGCUAUAUUACGUUCCAGUAAAGAUUCUUAAUCAAAUUUUUAUCGGCUAGUUACGCAAUACUAGGUCUACAUUUAGUUUGUCAACAUUGAUGCCCUGUAGUGGGCAUGUGUGAGAUGCUGUGAUUGCUGGCCUGUCUCGGUCUUGUAGGUCUGUGUAGACGUUGCGACAAAAGACAAGGCAGGGAGAUGGAGGUGGGCUCAGUGGUGCAUGAGGACAUUACUUUCCGAGGAGUGGAGUUUGCUGUGAAGAUAGAGCUAGAAGAAGGAUUGCUAAUAGUCGAGAUAUCUGAUGCAAUGACAGCUGACCAGUGGAGGGGAGAGUUUGACCCAGCCUGUAAGUGAAGCGUUAAAUUACAAUUAAUUUAUAUGGACAUUAUAGACAUGACUAUUUAUGGUCUUAUCAUGUUUUCAUUGUGUCCCAGACAUCGAAGACCUCACUCGCAAAACAGGCAACUUCAAGCAAUUUCCCAUCUUCUGCAGCAUGUUGGAAUCUGCUGUUAGUAAGGUGAGUCUGUGAAGCAUUAAAGGAAGCUAAAACAUGUAUGAUUUAAAAGUGUUCUGAUUAUGAUGCAUGCUUUUUCUUCAGACUAGUGAGUCUGUUACCCUUGACCUCUUGACCUAUGCUGACCUGGAGCUCCUGCGGAACCGGAAAGCUGGGGUUGUUGGUCGUCCGCGUGCCCAACAGCAAUCUCCUAACCUCAGUGCCAAAAGAUACCUCAUCCUUAUCUACACCGUAGAAUUUGACAGGUUUGUCUCUCUUUUAGCGAUAUCACUACCUUAAGCUUCACUAUGAAUCUCUGCAUGAAUCUUACAACUGCGAAAUUGCCAAGUUAACCUUUCCCUAUCAAUUAUUUAUAUAGUGCCUUGAGAAAGUAUUCAUACCCCUUGAAUUAUUCCACAUUUUGUUGUUACAACCUGAAUUUAAAAUUGAUUAAAACAUGUUUUAUCUCACCCAUCUACACACAAUACUCCAUAAUGAGAAAGUGAAAACAUGUUUUUAGAAAUGUUAGUACAUUUAUUGAAAAUGAAAUACAGAAAUAUGUCAUUUACAUAAGUAUUCACACCCCAAUGCAUUUUAGAAUCACCAUUGGCAGCGAUUUAAGCUGUGAGUUUUUCUGGGUAAGUCUCUAAGAGCUUUGCACACCUGGAUUGUACAAUAUUUGCAAGCUCUGUCAAGUUGUUUGUUAAUCAUUGCUUGACAGCCAUUUUCAAGUCUUGCCAUCGAUUUCCAAGCCUAAUUUAUGUCAAAACUGUAACUAGGCCACUCAGGAACAUUCAAUUUCGUCUUGGUAAGCAACUCCAGUGUAUAUUUGGCCUUGUGUUUUAGGUUAUUGUCCUGCUUAAAGAUGAAAUGUCCUCCAGUGUCUGUUGGAAAGCAGACUGAACCAUGUUUUCCUCUAGGAUUUUGCCUGUGCUUAACUCUAUUCCUUUUAUUUUUAUCCAAAAAGACUCCCUAGUCCUUACCGAUGACAAGCAUACCCAUAACAUGAUGCAGCCACCACCAUGCUUGAAAAUAGUGGAUGAGAGUGGUACUCAGUGAUGUGUUGUGUUGGAUUUGCUCCAAACAUAACACUUUGUAUUCAGAACAUAAAGUUAAUUUCUUUGCCACAUUUUUUUUCAGUUUUACUUUAGUGCCUUAUUGCAAACAGGAUGCAUGUUUUGGAAUAUUUGUAUUCUGUACAGGCUUCCUUCUUUUCACUCUGUCAUUUAGGUUAGUAUUGUGGAGUAACUACAAUGUUGUUAAUCCAUCCUCAGUUUUCUCCUAUCACAGCCAUUAAACUCUGUAACUGUUUUAAAGUCACCAGCGGCCUCAUGGGGAAAUCCCUGAGCGGUUUCCUUCCUCUCUGGCAAAUGAGUUAGGAAGGACGUCUGUAUCUUUGUAGUGACUGGGUGAUACACCAUCCACAAGAACUGUUCAUGACACACUGUUCACAGCCCUCUUGUUGGCGGAGAGAACAUUUUGCAGGUUUAAAGCUUAUUUCCUGCAAUUCUACACAUUUUGUCAUGGGGUGCAGAGAAAAUUAUGUGGUUUUGAAGUAAAUUUUCUUGCAAUUCUAUACAUUUUGCCAUGUCUAAUGUGUAUUCAUUUGAUAUUUGACUGCAAAAUAUAUGGGCUAAAAAACAUUAGCUGACGGGCUAGUUGAUCUGGACAUUUCUGACAAGUUAUAAAUGGCUCUCUAAGGUAUGCAAUGACUGACAUGACAAGAGGAAAACUGAUGAUGCACUGCCUGAUAUCGAAAUUGCACCUUGUGCAUUCUACUAUUCCAACUUUCAGUGGUUCCUCCCGGUUUGGAGCCACUGUACUAGAUGGCUGAUAGGGGGCGCAGGGUCUCCCCCACCAUUGUAAAAAUUUUUUUUUAAAUUAAUGUUUACAUUUUUUUUUGCCAUGUUUAUUCUAUUACAGACACCUUAAUGCAUGCUUUAAAAUUAUAUUAUGUGAGCUAAACAAUUUAAAAAAUAUAUAUAUAUAUUUUUUAAAUCCUUAAAGUAUAAUUUAAAAAAAGUAAAAUACUUAAAUACAUGUAAUUUUGUCCUUGAAACAUUUUAUUGAAAUACUGUAGAAUUCCAUUCAUUCCUGUGGAGGAAUGCUCCUUCUGGGAGUGCCAAUAUGACCGACCUGUGGCUUCAAAGCCUCUCAUUGGCCAAUACAUAGCAUCAGCAAUCCAGGGUUUGUAUACAUCAUUGUUCCCUAUAGGAUCCACUACCCCCUGCCUCUGCCGUACCAUGGCAAGCCUGAUCCUGCCGCCCUGCAGAAGGAGAUCAGAGCUCUGAAGACUGAGCUAAAUGCCCUUGCUAACCAUGCAGGUCACAAACCAGCAGAGCCAGAGAUACGCCGGCUACGGGCAGAGUAAGUUAUUAUCUAUUACACUGUUGUUCUCUAGACUCUUGGCCUCACUCAGGCCAGAGGUUAAGGGCCCUGACUGUUCUCUGUCUGUUGUCAGACUUGCCUUGGUGAGAGAAGAGAAGGAGGCCCUGACCAAGGCUCUGGAGCGUCUGCAGAUAGUGGGGGCUGGUUCCACCCCUGGAGGAGGGGCUCGGGGGCUCAGAGAGGUGGUCAGGAGUUUAGAGGACCAGCUCCUCAGAGAGAGGGCCAAGAGUCAGCGCUCAGCCACCAAGAGGGGCCAGGAGCAGCGCCUCCUACUGGAGCAGGUUGGUCCUUGCAUGCAUCCUAUUUCAAUUAAGCAUGUAGUCUGUAACUUUUAUAACUUUGAAUAAUUCAGCAUGACUGGCUUUGUGUUGAUGGAAAUAAUGUAGCAAGUAACAUAGAUUCCUGCAUACCAUAACAAGGCCUUGUGUGAAGUACUAAUUUGUGUGCCAUUAUAAGUAAGAUUGCUUGGAGCUGAUUCCUCUGUUAAGGUGGUAAUUCAGACGUUUCCUGUCUCCUAGUUGGAGGAGCUAAGAGCAUCGGAGAGAGCUCUCCGGAUUCGCGUUAAGAGUUUGACCAAUGAGCUGGCGUUGCUUAGGCGAGGGUUAGUCAAUCUAAGCAUGUAUGUCUUUCCUUUUUCUUUUGUCUCUCUUUCACGUUCACUCACUUUCCUACUUACUUACUGACUCACACACUCCUUAUGAUACUCUGCCUGUGGCUAAUGUUGUAUACUAUGUGUGUCUGUCUUUAGUAGGUUGACCCCUGCCCUCUCUGGGCGCAGUGCCUCACGGGGUGAUGGAGAGAUCAGGCGCUCACUGUCCCGGGAGCACAGUUUGGGACGUGUUGUGGUCAGGGCUCGCUCAGGGUCCAGGGAGAGGACAGAAGAGAGGGGUCGAAGGUCAGAAGGCCGUAGGGCAGACUCCUCAGGGCCCCGCUCGCACGUCUCCAGACCCUCACCUUCUCCCACAGGUAUCAUGUUUUUUCUCUCUUUAUUAGACUUUGGAGUUGAAAGGUAAUUCAGCUUCAUUGCAUUGUUUUUGACUUAGUGUAAGUUUGGUAAUGAAAAGGAUUCAAUCAAAGUUGAUGUACCACCAAGUCUGAGUAAAGCUAUCAGGGCUUGAUUAUCUGCUUGGUUUCUUAACUAUGAGCUCCCUGUCGUUCCUAUUUACAGGUUUGCGAGCACCACGCUUUGACCCCACUGCAUAUAUCCAGGACAGACAGCGCCGACUGAGAGAGGGGGAGCUCAAAAUGUCAGUUGUCUCCCUCUAUCCAUUUAACUGUCAUAACUAUCUGCAGUGCAAGCUUGUGCCAAUUAUACCAGUGUUUCAUGCAUGUGAAACACUUUUAUAGUGAUUUUCAUGUGCUGAAAUACAGUCAAGGAUUUCAAAUGGCACCCAUUUUAGUUUAAUGCUAAUACGAAAACCAAUACUGAGUGAUACUUUGACUGAAAUCACGACUUAACUUGUCCUCCUGUGUUCUCUCUCUCCUUCAGCCAGAGGAAGGUCCGGAGGGACAUGUUAGCAUCGCCUGUUCUGGAGAGGGGCCGAUCUCGGUCCAGGGAGGCUUAUCCCCAGCUAACCAGGGCAGGCAGUGGGAGCAGAGGGAGGAGCUUAUCAAUAGAGAGUAGGAGGAGCAGACAGUCCUCUGAGAAUUCAUUGGUGGAGUUGGAUGAGUUGACAAUCAGGUAAGUUAUUCUAUAACUUGCAUCUAUAUCAUAUGGUAUUACAGUUCAAACUGGGUUUGUUUGAGAAAGUGGGAGAUGUUAUGUUGCUUUACUGCGUGUUUCAGACAGGUCUUCAUUUUGUGUUUCAGAGGAAGGAAGCAGACCUACAAUGGUCCAACCAUGGUGAGUGCGGUGUGUUCUUUUUACAGCUGGUGAUAGACCUUGACUUGACAUGUUAGUGUUGAGUGACGAGUGACAGUGAUUUCUUUUUGUAGCCCAGAGGAGGAAAUUUGACCAGGAAUCCCCAUUGCAGCACUCCCACACGCAGGAUACGAUCAGACAAAGGUAACCAGUCCAUGCCCUUCUCUCCAAUCUAAAGUGUAAUCAGAGUCACUUAGCUAAAGAAGUUAAUGUCAUUUUAAUAUGAGCCCUGGUAACAUUCUGUGUGAGACCCAUGCUGAAACCAAUGAUUUAACAUUGGCUGUGUACUGCUUGUCCUUUACCCAGAGGGCUCCAUAGAUGGGGCUGACCUGUCUGAGAUUGAUGCCCGGUUGCAGGCCCUACAGGACUACAUGAGGGACCUGGACACGGGACACUAAAGCCAUCAAUUCUGCACACUCCCAAUCCUAGGCUGGACAAUAAGUUCAGACGUGUUCAAUGUGCUGCAAACUGAGACCAAGGACUACUAUCUGUGUCGACACUGUGACUUAACAAGACCACUGCACUACACUAUGAUAUUUUUGCACACAAGCAGACAUUAUCAACCAAUAGGCUUAUGCAAGUGCAAACGCGGAUGCACACACAGCUUAUUCUGUCGUCCUCUGGGAGACCGUGCCUGAUCUGUGGAUAAAGAUACCACUGUGAAGGCUGUUAAGCCACUGUUAGUUUGUUGAACUUGAACUGAGGAGUGACUGAUUUUAUACUGUUGUGACAGUAAUACCCCAUUUCCCUUUUUAUAAAACGAGUGAUUGAUGAACGCAAAGCUUGUUGUGAUGUUUUAUUUUAUUUUUACUGGAUGUAUCUCCUCUAUUCAUCAUCACUGCAGCAGCUUUGCCUCUUAGUAGUGUGUCAUGUGAGUGAACUAAGUGCAAUAUCCUCUUUCUCUGCAGUACAGUUAUUGUUGCUUGGAUGGGCUGAAGGUUCCUCCUUAGGGAUUUACUCAAGGGGCAGCUGCCACUACAGCUGGCUGGGUGUCAUUAAUUAACAGCGAACCUUCCAGGCCUGGACCCUUCCAUUCCUGGGUGAGCAGCUGGAUAAACUGCUUCCAUCUACUACUGUAGGAGGAUGAGAAUAUUGGAUGAAGUUGACAGGCCUUUUGUGCUGUUUUUGGGAAGGGAGUUUUCGUUUUUAGAUUUGACCUCUGCUGCUAAUAAAAUGUCAG